GGCCUGUCAGUGCGUCGAUUGCUGACCUUCUACCAGUACUCACCCUAUGGCCGCUGCAAUAACACGCUCCGUGUUUUCGUCUUCGCGCUCUGUCCUUGCGACGUCAAGGUCACCUGUGUGUUCGCAGCGGCGGGUCACGCGGAGAACCUUGCACACACGCAAGGAGCUCCCAUACAAAGUUGAAGAUGGUCUCGGGAACUUCAUGUCGCCUUCUACACUGAACAUGGUCGCUAUGGAGUACCAGCAGGGGCUCCUGGACCGUCUGAACGAAUAUAUACGUGUUUUUUGCGGACAUUGUUGCUGGCAGAUACCGACUGACAGACGCAAAACGAUUGCCCAGGUUGUACUCGAUACAGCUGAGCGGCCGGACAAAACCAUGACGUUCAGAUACGCCAGUCACGCGCUGAACAACAGCUUCUUCCUAAAUUGUCUGCGUCCACCGACAGGCGACUUCGGUGAAAGUGACGUAGAGCGGUCCAUGCUCGGUCCAUCCAUCCGUAAACAAUUCGGAAACUUCGACACUCUUCGUUCACAGUUCUCCGCCGCCGUCUCGGGUAUGUCUGGCUCGGGCUACGUCUGGUUUGUCACCGACGCGAAGGGCAAUCUCGCCUUCGUGCCCACCUUCGCGGCCGGUACACUUCUUGUCCGUUCGCGCACGGGCACCGUCGACCCGCUCAACCAACCUAUUCUCGGGGAAGGACACGAUAUCCUUCUCCCUAACCAAAAUAACCAGCGCUCGUUAGAUCAACUUCGGAACUCCCAUUCGCCUUCAGGCCCCGGGGCAGCACCGAUGUCACCUACAACCGGCGCGUCACACGAACUCCCACCGCACAAUCCCAACCCGCUCUCCCGCAUGCUGCACACCUCGGCGUCGUCCCAAAGCCUUUUUUCGUCUCGCGCACGUUCUGUGUACGACCCAUCAACGGGGACUGCUUCAUGGGGAAUUAUGAACGACGCUGAUAUGCGCGACCUGAGGACCAUCGGAGAGUAUAUUUACCCCUUGUUCUGCGUCAGCGUACAUGAACAUUGUUGGUUGCUUGACCAUGGUAUAUGGGGCAAGGAAAAGUACAUGAAGGAGUUCUGGUCGGUGGUGGACUGGGAACAGGUCGUACACAGGUUUGACACUUUCUCUGCUACAAGGAACACAUAACUUUACAGUAAUUACUAUGGGUCUAUCCAUGAAUAGAGCUAUGUAACGCACAUAUACCGCACCCCCACUACACUCCCUUCUCCUUCAUACGUUCAGGGCCUGAAGCCGCACAUGAUGACCCGAUGUAAUUGCCAAAUAUUCGAUUACAUUGGACCAAGGGCUACCACCUCCACUCGACGGAUCCACAACUUUGCAUCCGGACACCCUUGUACAUCUUAUACGUUUCCGAAGACAGUCGGACAUGGUCGAUUUUGAGGGAAGAGAAACUGUAAGACGGAAGCUCGAAACGUAUUUGAAACGCGUGUGCUGGCCUUGGAACUUGCGCUCUAAGGAGUUGCGAGAUCUGAGCACUCGUAUGUCAACUGAAGAUACGUAAAUGCCUCACUUGGAUGUCCACGAGCCGCGUAG